AUGUCCUCCUCCGACGCCGGACCCUCGGUGGCACCCCCGGCCCCUCGCAGCGUAGUGUACUGCUCGAUCUGCACCUUCCCGCCCGAGUACUGCGAGUUUGGGCCCUCAUCGUCAAAGUGCCGCGCCUGGCUGCAAGAGGCCCACCCGCAGCUCUACGCCCGCAUCUGGUCCGAGGAGGCCAUCACCUCGAACCUCGCCGCCCUCACCACCAAGCAGGCAGAGGACCUCGAAAAGGAGGCCGCAAAGAAGGAGAAGAAGUCCGAGGCCAAGGCCGAAAAGGAGAAAAAGGAAAAGGCCGCGUCCAAGAUCAUCCUCACAAAGGCGGCCAGGACCAAGCGCAAGGCAACGACGAGCAUCAACGGUCUGCACACCUUCUCGCCUCCGCUCCCGGCACUCAAGGUCGUGGCCAAGGGGCUCUCGUCGCGCCUCGCAACGGGCGCCUCGGUCUCGCGCUCGGUGCAGAACCCAAACGUCGACGAAAUCGUCAUCCAGGGCGACGUGGCAGACGAGGUCAAGCAGCUCAUCGUCUCGCGCACAAAGCCCUUCCACGAGCUGCCCCCCGAGUCGGCCGGCGGCGUCGCGGCCAAAAACAUUGUCAUCGAAGAGGAAAAGAAGAUGGCAAAGAAGACGGCCGCAGCUGCUGCCGGCGGCGCUGCCGGCGAAGAGGCUGCCUAG